GAGCGGCAGGAAGGAGGCGGCGCGCGGAGGCGGGAGGCGCAGAACCCAAUCGCUGAUCCCCCGGCCGCGGCGCCGCCUCCGCCAUUGCUGCACGCGGGAGCGGGCGACGCGGAGCCUCGGAGCGCGCUUAGAGCCCAUACUUGCCGGAGCCGGGCGUGGGGCCGCAGCCUCGAGUCUUUUGCAACAAUGGUGAAGUUGGGGAACAAUUUCGCAGAGAAGGGCACAAAGCAGCCACUGCUGGAGGAUGGCUUCGAUACCAUUCCCCUGAUGACGCCCCUCGAUGUCAACCAGCUGCAGUUCCCACCCCCGGAUAAGGUUGUUGUGAAAACCAAGACUGAGUAUGAACCUGACCGCAAGAAAGGGAAAGCACGUCCUCCCAAGAUAGCUGAGUUCACUGUCAGCAUCACCGAGGGUGUCACCGAGAGGUUUAAGGUCUCUGUGCUGGUUCUCUUUGCCUUGGCCUUCCUCACUUGUGUCGUCUUCCUGGUUGUCUACAAAGUGUACAAGUAUGACCGCUCCUGCCCUGAUGGGUUUGUCUUGAAGAACACCCAGUGCAUUCCAGAAGGCUUGGAGAGCUACUACACGGAGCAAGACUCCAGUGCUCGGGAGAAAUUUUACACUGUCAUAAACCACUACAACCUGGCCAAGCAGAGCAUCACGCGGUCCGUGUCACCGUGGAUGUCAGUUCUGUCAGAAGAGAAGCUGUCGGAACAGGAGACCGAAGCUGCAGAGAAGUCAGCUUAGCGAGCUGGGCGGGUUCCUUACAAUGUGUCACUUGAAGGCAACAAAGGGACUUUGAGGGACAUUUCAUUAAAUAUAAUUACUGAUAAUUUAGAGGUUACUCAUUUACGGUGCAAUUGCUUCUGUUUGCUAAUGCUGCUUUGCAAAUAAAACUUGCUGCGGACCACCCACAGGCAUAAAAACAAGCGCAUCUCAGCAUUGCUUAGAGAGCUUGACGCCACUGUUCAUGGUGAGGAGUCUUCAUUUAGCUCCUUCACUGGGAUUCACUGGAUGCUGUUAAAAGACAAUGUACACUGGAUAUGCCAGGGGUCUGGCCAUCAGAGCAGUGCAAUUGGUGGUUUUCUUUUUUCUUGUAUGCCCUUUUGCUAUCUGCAGACCUUACUCCAUAGCCAUAUCUAGAGCGAUCCCAUGCUUUGCUGGCAGCAUUGCUAACUGCCAAGAUGCACUGCUAAGUGGCACAGAGAAGGGAACGUGUGUGCCACGAUGCAGCCCUGCCAGCCCCUGCCUGGCAAUUCUGGGAUGUCCUCUUUGGUGUAUGCACUGAGCAGAGCACAAGGAUGGGGUGGGGAGGAGCUGGUGCUGGGCCAGGGGGUGCAGAGCCUGUUUCCUGUGGGUGGGCUGUCUGCUGGUGAUGUGCUAGAUAGAAAGAAACCCCACCGGCCCUUUUCUUUCCUGUUAUGAACAUGUUUGCACGUACAGCCCUGUAUGCAGGUGCGUUUUGGUUUUUCGUUUUAUUAGCUGGGUGGGCAAAGUGAAAAUGUAGUUUUGGGUAAGCCAGGGCUUUUAAUCUGUAAAGAGAUGUGACUCCUGUGCUGUGAGAAGGGGCAGGACGGCUGGUGGGGGGCUGAUGUGGCACCUUGCAGAGACAAUAUCCGAGUCUACAAUCUUUGUAAGAAAAGUAUGUUUGUUUCAAUCUGAAUCUUGACAUUAAAGUAUAUGUUUACAAAAUCACCAGUAGGUAAACUAAAUGUGUAAGACAAUUAAAUAGAAAAAGCUAUUCAUGGUUGUUUUCUUCCAUGUUCUCAGAAUGUGUUGUUUCCGGUGGGCAUGUUGGAAGUUCUAGUGUUCUUUAGUAGGUCAAAAUAAAUGGCAAGUAGUGGGGGAUUCUUUGUCAACAAGCAUGGGACCAUCAUCAGCUCCACUGUUGUUUUCUGAGGUGUGCUACUGAGACAAAAUAGUUUAUUGUUGGAGUGUUCUGAAACAAAGACCAUGAGCUCAGCACGAGUGGGGGCGGGAGUGUCACGCAGUCAUGUGUUUGAAGGGCGUUGGGAAGCUGUGAGGAAUGCCUAAAGAGCAAUAAACAUGUGCCAAAGCUUGCCCUGCGUAGGGAUCUGACUCACGACCACGUGAGAGCAGGAGACAAGCCCCAUUGUUUUCUAGUAUAGCACUUUACCCACUGGGAAUCCUCCCGAUGUAACUUCUCAUGUUCACUCUGCAAAUAAAGAGCUCAUGGGUACCUGA